AUGGCCGAAAUCGAAUCAAUCAAGGUCGAUCGCCCUCCAGCUCCGAGCGAAGGCGAAACAGAUUCAGCGCAAGCGAACUCUCUUCAGUCGACUCCAUCAACCGAAGAAGACCAAAGUAAAACCGAAGAACCACAAGAUGACUCAGUUAGUCAAGCUCAGACAGGUGGCGACGUCAAUUCAAAGGAGCCGCCUUUCACUAAAGGCGAUGUUACUCGAGUCGAGCCUGUCAAAGUGGGCAAGAAACUUAUUUGGAAGGCAGAUGCAAAGUUGUACUGCCCAAAGAAUGGAUACCCGCAUUCUUUACCUCAAGAGUUUGGGAUCCGUAGAUGUCCAGCUUGUUUCCAAGAUCUGUUCAAACGGCAUGUUGCAGAGGAGCCCGAACUGGUGGAAAAUGCAGACGGCGACAUUGUCUUGAAAGACGACAUUGUACAUGAAGUACAGAUUCGGGAUUCGGGGGGAUACUGGCUUGGGUCGGAAACCUGGCCCACCAAAUUCGAUCUCCAGGAGGCCCGGAGGGGAUUACCCAAUGCUGGUCAUCAAGCAUUCCUCAAGGUUGUGACGGAACUGCGGACGACUCAUCGCCCAGAUAAGAACAGGUCGGCUUACGAGUCGCGCUACAUCCUAGACAAUGGUAUCUUCGAUAAUCCGAGCGUAGGCAUACGUACUCACAGCACUCUGCUUGAAAUUAGUUCGGCUCCGUUCAUACAGCUCCUGAGAAGGUUAGUUCCAUAUUACCCAGGAACUACCCUUGAGGGGAAAAUUCUUCACAUUCAGGAGCCUUAUCUCGUCGUUGCAUAUCAUAUCAAGGAAAUUGAGAAUUUUCAGGCAACCUACGAUGGAUCCAAGGCUAUUACUGAAGAUGAAAGGGGUGCUUCAUUGCCAGAACAGACAUUCCCAGACAGAUGCAACAAAGUGACACACUAUCAUAUAGAGACUGUCCUCAGCUUCAUCAAGGAGAACAUCUGGAAAGACGCUAUUGAUCUGGAAAUGGCCCGCCACCACCAGCCAGAACCGAUGUGUACAUAUGCAAUGCUCUGGCUAUUAUAUGAGCCAGGAACGACCGUUUACAUUGAGUCGGACGGGCGUCUAGCUGCCUACAUUGUACAGGAAGUAUAUACUGACCCUGCUACACUCUCUCUGCCGCCAGAGCAGUUGAAGCCUUACGAUGUUAUCACCUGGUAUCUGGAUUUUGACGGUAGAUACAUCAGACGGUUUUCGAGAAAUAUCACAAUCAUGCCCUUCUCUGGGGAGAAACCAAUCGCUUCAUUGAGUAUCAUACCCAGCAAGUUCCAGGAUGCCAAGGACCAAGGUGAAACCAAGGCUAGGUUGCAUCAGGAGGGGAAACGUUGGUUCGAACUGCUCCGUGGUGGCUUGGUACGCUAUACUGGGGACAACUUGGAGACCCCUAGACGAUUCGUCGAUGGCAGGGUCGUCGUUGAUUGCAGUUCAUACCAUGAGACCAAACGACGCGAGAAGAGACGGCGACAGAAGAAGUCCAAAUCCAGAUCCCGCAAGAAAGACGAUAGUGAUGAUGACAGUGAUUCCGACGACGACGACGAGGAAGUCGAUGCAGAGCCCGAACUGGUAGAUGACCUUGGGGUUGGUACCCAGAAGUGCCCCUGCGAUGAAUGCAUGGGGCUUCGACCACAUCCUCCACAAAACUUCCGGUGGAAAGAGUACGACCUCAUCAACCCACUCAAAGAGAAGACCCUCGAGCUACUAGAAGGACAGCAUGACCCUUUGCAUCGCUACCUGCUGUGCUCGAAACGACUAAUGGGAUUUGUCCUGAAAACCCGCAGUUGGGAAAUCCUCGAUGUCAAGAAUUGUGGCGACCCAGGCAUAAACAAGGGGGCGAUUGACAUGCUCGUCAUGCCUAAAGAGCGAAAGAAGAUGAUCAAGGCCUUGGUUCAUCGUUUCCGUACUAACUCGGGCAACGACGAGGAAAAGGCUUGGAGUGCAGAUUUCAUCGAGAACAAGGGAGAGGGCAAGAUAUUUCUCCUGCACGGGUCGCCGGGCGUGGGCAAGACCUAUACUGCCGAGUGUAUUGCCGAGUUUACGGGAAGGCCGCUCCUUUCCCUUACAUGUGGCGAUUUGGGCAAUAACGAGACUGUCGUAGAGAAGCAGCUCUCCAAAUGGUUCAAAUUGGCUGAGAAGUGGGGUGCUGUCAUGCUUCUCGACGAGGCAGAUGUCUAUACUGAGAAACGCAUGGUCGCGGAUUUGAACAGGAACAGCAUGGUUUCCGUGUUUCUGAGAUGCAUGGAAUACUAUCGUGGUAUCCUAUUCCUGACCACCAAUCGUGUGGGCUCCUUCGACGACGCCUUCAUCUCCCGUAUCCAUGUCGUCAUCCACUACAAGGACCUGACGCACGACGACCGGACCAAGAUCUGGAACCAGUUCUUCGACAAGCUGGAGAGCGACAAGCGGGGGAUCCGGGUGCGCAAGAGCGCGCGGACGUACGUGCUCGAGGACGCCGACAUGCGCGGCGUCGGCUGGAACGGCCGCGAGAUCCGCAACGCCUUCCAGACAGCCGUCGCGCUGUGCGAGUACGAGCACAAGACGCAGGGCGAGCCCGGCGAGGCCCCCGCCCUCGAGCGCGACCACUUCGAGCAGGUCUGCGAGAUGGCCCUCCAGUUCAAGAAAUACCUCCACGAGGUCCACGGCGCCGAUGAGGCCGAGCGUGCCGCCAAAGUCCGGGCCAGAGCCAAGGAGGUGGGGGCUUCGGAGUUCUAG